AUGGUUGCCUCUCUCAAAUUAACUGUAGUGGCACACAUUAAGCAUCUCCAAGAGGAAAAAGUAAAACAUCAAGAAGCUCUUUUGGUACUGAAGUCUAUUUGCAAAGAAGUUGCUAAAAUAGACACACUGAGUGAUAUUUGUGAACAUUAUCAAGAUUCACUAAGUAUUGCAGCGCAUAAUGAUACUCCUGAAGUAAUAGAACAAAUCAUUCAACACUUUCCAGGGUCAACUUUGGUCAUCAUCAAUGGUUGUACCCUUUUUCAAGUUGCAAUAAAAAAGCGUUGUGAGAAGUUAUAUAAUUUUCUGUUAUGUCAUAUGUCUUAUGACCAAUAUCGUUAUCAACAAGGUUGUGACAAAGUUAAAAAUAGUACAUUACACUUGGCUGGACAAUUGGCACCAACACACAAACUUAAUCGAGUUUCUGGUGCAGCGCUACAAAUGCAAAGGGAGUUACAAUGGUUUGAGGAAGUGGGGAAUUUUGUGAAACCGAAGUACAAGUAUCAAAAAAACGUAUCACAAGAGACACCAAUUAUGGUUUUCAGAAGAGAACACAAGCAGUUGAGGAAUGAAGGAGAAGAAUGGAUGAAGAAGACAGCAGAUUCAUAUACAAUCGUCGCUGCACUCAUCAUUACCAUAGUUUUUGCAGCAGCGAUUACCGUACCUGGUGGAAAUGAUGAUGUCACUGGGAAAGCAAUUUAUGAAACAAAACCUAGCUUCAUUGUAUUUGCAAUCUCGGAUGCAAUAUCUUUGUUCUCGUCAACUACUUCCUUGUUGUUGUUCCUAUCUAUUCUGACAGCACGUUAUCGAGAGGAGGAUUUUCUCUACAGGCUGCCAAAGAGACUAAUACUAGGCCUUGCAAUGUUAUUCUUGUCGGUAACCUCAAUGAUGGUAGCCUUUAGUGCAACCUUGUAUCUUAUGUUUGGGCAGGGAAAAGCAUGGAUCAUGAUUCCUAUAUCUACCUUAACAUGUUUGCCAAUUGCUUCGUUCGUGACACUACAAUUACCGUUGCUUGUGGAUCUGAUCUCUUCAACAUAUGGCCAUGGAAUCUUUGUUAAACAGAGUGACUGUAAGAUGAAACAAUCUUGAACCUAAAAAUGUACUUUUGUAAUUUGAGA